CUGAACAGAUCUCCGGUUUCCUACCGACCCUGAACGCAGCGGGACGUGGGCGGGGCUUCAGGUGAGCUCAGCAGCAGGUGGAGCGCCUCCACCCAGACGGAAGCUUCACACGGUCGACUCACCUGAACAGAUCCAACCAUGAGGUGGUUCUAUCUGAUCUUCAUCCUGUCCGUCUGCAGAGCAGCAGAAGACUUCAGGAUCUGUUCUUACAACGUUCAGAACUUCAACAUGCAGAAAGCCUCCAACUACAAACUGAUCCACACUCUGACCCGGGUGGUGUCUCGCUGUGAUGUUUGUCUGCUGCAGCACGUGGUGGAUGUAGAUGGAAGAGCCGUCAACAAGCUGCUGGCUGUUCUGAACAGGGCAGCCGACAGGUACGACGACUUCACCUACAAGUCGGUGUCCAGUCAGAGUUUAGGAAACUCUCCUGGCGACAUGCAGCAGUACGUCUUCAUCUACAGAACUGAGAUGGUGAACCUGACGGGUCAGCACCAGUACUCCAGCAAACAGUCCUUCGUCAGAGAACCGUUUGUUGUUCAGUUCCAGAGCAACAGAACCGCAAUCAAGAAGUUUGUUCUGGUUCCACUCCACUCUGAGCCCAGUAAGGCGGUCCACGAGAUCGACCGGCUCUACGACGUCUUCCAGGAGGUUAGCAAGAAGUGGAACAACAAGAACGUGAUGUUCCUCGGAGAUUUCCACGCCAGCUGUGCCUACGUCACCAGAAAGGACCGCAAGAAAAUCCGACUUUUCAAGAACUCGAACUUCUCCUGGUUGAUCGGAGACAAAGUCGACACGACGGUGACGGACGAUACCAACUGUGCUUACGACAGGAUCGUGGUCCAUGGAGAACCCUUCUUGAAGGCCAUCAAACCGUUUUCUGCUCAAGUCUACAACUUUGGCAAAGACCUCAAACUGCCCCAGACCAGGGUACUUGAGGUGAGCGAUCAUUUCCCCAUAGAGGUGAGACUGAAAGGCCCUGCCUCCACAGAGGUGAGAGUGAAAGGCUCCGCCCCCUUCCUGAUCCAGGCCACGCCUCUCCUGCUGCUCCUGUUGUCUGUGAUUGGCCAGUUCGUCCUGUGAUGUCCUGAAAGAACGAUUUUAUCCAGAGGAGGUUCUCCGUCGGUUCUGUCUGGUCUCAGGUGUCUUUAAGCGUUUCUGUUUUUGGUUCCUCACAGCGGAGAAGAACCGAAGCUUCAGGAGGUUUAAAGUCUCAGAACUGAAGCUGUGAGUUUCUGUUUAUCCAACACUCUUUAAACAUGAGCUGUGAUGUCAGCAGGUUCUUACCCAUAAUGCUGUUCAGUAGUGGAACCCUCUACUUAUGGACUGUUGGUGUUAAUUUCCUGUUUCCUGUUUGUCGCUGGUUCCACUUCCUGUGUUUGUGGCUCAGGUUUGUCCAGAAGCUGCUGUAAAUAUUCACAAAAUGUCGGGAAUUUGUGUUUUUAUAAUGUUCAAUAAAGUUUAUUAUGUUUGAAUUUAAAGUAUUAAAA